AUGUCCGACGACGAGGAUUUUAUGCAGGAGUCCGAUGAAGAGCAGUACGAUUUCGAGUAUGAAGAAGACGAGGACGAAGAUUCCAGCGAUGUCGAUAUCGAAAAUAAAUACUAUAAUGCGAAGCAGCUGAAGCUCAGCAGCCCGGAGGAGGCUGUGGACGAGUUUAUCGCAAUCCCCCAGCUGGAGCCUGAAAAGGGCGAGUGGGGAUUCAAAGGUUUGAAGCAGGCGAUCAAACUGGAAUUUAAGCUGGGCAGAUACUCAGAGGCGGCGAACCAUUUCGAAGAGCUCCUCACAUAUGUCAAGUCCGCUGUUACACGAAACUACUCUGAAAAAUCGAUAAACAAUAUGCUAGACUACAUUGAAAAGGGCGCCGAUGGAAACGAUGCGGUUCAGAGCAUGGAGAAGUUUUACUCAUUGACACUCCAGAGCUUCCAGAGUACCAACAAUGAACGCCUUUGGCUAAAGACCAACAUUAAGCUUGUCAAGCUAUUGUUGGAUCGCAAAGAAUACGCUACAGUCUCAAAGAAACUUCGAGACUUACAUAAAGCCUGUCAAAAGGAGGACGGCACUGACGAUCCGAGCAAAGGAACCUACUCCCUUGAGAUUUACGCCCUCGAAAUUCAGAUGCUUGCUGAGACGAAAAACAACAAGCAACUCAAGGCGCUGUAUCAACGCGCUCUCAAGGUCAAAUCAGCGGUACCGCAUCCCAGAAUUAUGGGCAUUAUCCGAGAGUGUGGUGGUAAAAUGCACAUGAGUGAGGAGAACUGGAAGGAAGCUCAGAGCGACUUUUUCGAAUCGUUCCGCAACUACGACGAAGCAGGCUCCCUUCAACGCAUACAAGUACUCAAGUACCUGCUUCUCACGACAAUGCUCAUGAAGUCGGACAUUAAUCCGUUCGACUCGCAAGAGACGAAGCCAUACAAGUCGGAUCCUCGCAUUUCAGCCAUGACUGAGCUUGUGGAUUCGUAUCAGCGAGAUGAUGUGCAUGGUUACGAGAAGGUUCUGCAGAAAAACCAGGACAUCCUCGCCGAUCCGUUUAUCGCCGAGAAUAUCGAUGAAGUCACACGCAACAUGCGUACCAAGGGUGUCCUGAAGCUUAUUGCCCCUUAUACAAGAAUGAAGCUGGAGUGGAUCGCCAGACAGCUGAAGAUCUCGCAGCCCGAGGUCCAAGACAUCCUGGGAUUUCUCAUUGUCGACGGGAAAAUCAACGGCCAGAUUGACCAGCGCGAUGGCGUACUCGAGAUUACCUCUGCCGCCGAUGCGGAACGGGUCAGAGCCAUGAGCCAGCUUACUAAAUCGAUUUCCGAUUUAUUUGGUGCGGUAUUCCAAGAUGGAGAUGGAUUCCGGAAUAAUGAUCAGGGAUCCAUUGCAGAUGGGCCCAUGUACGAUGGAGAUACGAUGAGUAUGGGAAGGCACGGGAGGGGACUGGUGCAUAAUCGGAGGGCUAAGGCGUCCCAGACUUGGACCUAA